UUGAGAGUCAGUGUUUAAAACAGAGAGAACAGAUUAUACGACUUCGGUAUAAAAAAGUCCCACAGCGCAUCCAUCCCUCUCUCUCCCUCCUUCUCUCGCUGGCUCUCCUCGCAGAGACCCAGCCUCCAGUCCGGUCGGCCAUCCUCCCUGCUGCCAUGGCCGCGCAGGCUGCCGGUCGUGAUGCUGCGACGGCCGGACCUGCAGUCUGCACCGAGAUGGAAGAACGGGUAAGAUGCGUUUUGGUAAUACGGGAUGCUCUCUUUGCGAAAACGUUCAGGACUGAGACCGUCCCUUGACAUCGGGCCUUUCCAGGCAGUCCCUGACACGCUGCUGCAGCAAGAUGGAGAGGAUGCAUACCGCCGCAGUAGCCGCAACGAUGUCUGUUCAUUGGUUUUGGCACAAUAUCCAGCAAGAUUAUUAGUGUAGAGGAAGGGAGAAUGAGCUUUAUCGUGUAAGCAAUAGAGAGAGAGGGAGAGCCGUCGUCGCACUGCUGCUGCAGCGCAUGUGUGACGCGCUGAUGUCAAAUGGAGAAGUGAAAGUGCAGCAGCUGGUCGGUCGGUUGGUCGGUCGGUGCAUGUAGGCUUCCGAGGUGCAGCUUAUAAUUAGCCGGACAGUGGCCAUGCUUUAACAGUUUGGGUCUCACUCGCCUUGUUUGCUGCUGAAUCCGGAGAGGUUUGUGCGCGCUUGUCAAGCCGGGUUUCUUCCACUUGGCGGCGACGCAAGCUGACAACAACUUGGCAGGCAAGUCGUCUUCAGGCUGUGGACUCACUCAUCAGCUGUUCUUCAUCCUUUCCACUUCUUCCCAUUUUUGCCAGCAUUUUCUCUCAGGAAGGAGGGAAAUAUGAAGGCUGAUUUGGAGGCUUCUCUGCCUGCUGGCCAGGAGGAUAUUGCAAUCCAGUGCCGAGAUGUGUGCCGGUCGUACGGCAAGCUGAAAGUUCUCAGCAACCUCAACCUGACUGUACCACAGGGACACAUAUAUGGCCUUUUGGGGCCUAGUGGAUGUGGGAAGACCACACUUCUGAAAUGCAUUGUGGGAACUCUGAAAAUCUCGCGCGGUCACAUCGCCGUGUUGGGGAAGCCACCUGCAUUCCCUGGUCAUGACGUGCCGGGGAAGAUGGUCGGGUACAUGCCGCAGGAGCUGGCGUUGUACAGAGAGUUUACAAUUGGCAACACCCUGACCUUCUUUGGCCGAAUCCACGGCCUGACGUCAAAGGAAACCAAGACACGCAUGGAUUUCCUCAUAGACUUCCUUGAUCUACCUCAGAGAGACAGUCUAGUCCGAAAUCUCAGUGGGGGUCAGAGGCGCAGGGUGUCUCUCGGUGCGGCUCUGCUUCAGAAUCCACAGCUGCUCAUCCUAGACGAACCAACAGUCGGAGUGGACCCUGUUCUUAGGUCUAAGAUCUGGCAGCAUCUGGUGCAGAUUGUGAAGACGGGGAAAGUCUCGGUCAUCAUCACCACACACUACAUAGAGGAGGCCAGGCAAGCCAAUGUGGUCGGUCUCAUGAGGAACGGCCGUUUGCUCGCUGAAGGACCUCCAGACGCACUCAUGAAGCAGCACAAUGCAACAACCCUGGAGCACGCCUUCCUGCAGCUGUGUGAGACGUCGGACCAGAUAUUCUCUAAACGGGGGUCCAGUCCGCAGGGUGCGGCGCUGGAGAACAGCCAGUCGUUCGAGAGUGGGCGGGACGAGAGUCAGCCGAUUCUCGCGGUCGGACCAGGAGCUGCAGAGGAAGUUCCAAAAUAUUCAGUGGACUGGAAGGUGCGUGCCAGACAUGUUCUGCCCAAGUGGAGAAACAUCGCUGCCUUGAUGAUCAAAACUAUGGUGCGGAUGAAGAGAAUGCCAGGCUCAUUGUGUUUCCAGUUCUUGCUGCCCGUCAUCCAAGUCUCGCUGAUCUGUUUGUGCAUCGGAGGAGACCCAAAUGGGAUCCAGGUUGCCGUUGUGAACAACGACACCGCCCCCUCCGCUUACAGCCAUUUGCUGCUCUCCUUCCUGGACAACUCCAGUGUGCACCAGGUGCCCUUGUCCCAUACGGAAGCUUUGGAUGGGAUCUAUAACGGAGAGUACUGGGGUGUCAUUGGCUUUGGCAAGAACUUCACCAGCUACCUGACAAAAAGGAUGCUUCAGCGGCAGGUUUCCAGAGAGGUGGUUGAUGGAGGAUCAGUACACGUCUGGCUGGACCUGACAAAUCGACAAAUUGGCUUAAUGCUCCAGAAGAAACUACAUGAGGCCUUUCAGGCCUUUGUGGAGAAUAAGUUGGGCAGCAUGGCAUACCUGGUCGCGCUGCCAAUAAAGUUUGAAGAGCCGAUCUAUGGCAGCCAAAACACAGACUUCACUACAUUUGUGACACCUGGAGCUGUGCUCAGUAUCACAUUCUACCUGGCAGUGGGUCUGACAGCUCUCUCCUUUGUCCUGGAGAGGAAGGAGGGGCUUUUGGACAGGUGCUGGGUCGCAGGUGUGAGCUCCCUGGAGACGAUGCUGGCUCACCUCUUCUCUCAGCUGUUUGUUAUCAGCGUUCAGAUCCUCCUGCUGCUCCUCUUCAUACUGCUCGUCUUCAAGAUACCUAAUGAAGGCUCCUUGGCGCUGGUCAUAGUUCUGAUCGUGCUGCAGGGCAUCACCGGCAUCUCGUUUGGCCUCGUCAUCUCAGCCGCAAUCGAUGACGAGCAGAAUGCCAACCAGGCCGCCCUGGGCAUAUUCUACCCUAACCUCAUCCUCAGCGGUAUCAUCUGGCCUGUGGAGUGUAUCCCGUAUCCUCUCCGCUAUGUCAGCCUGGCUCUCCCUCAGACCUACGCCUCAGAAGCCCUUCGCUGUAUAAUGUACAGAGGUUGGGGUCUGUCUCGGAUGAUGGUGUGGCGAGGAUUUGCGGUCACCUUGGGCUGGAACACUUUCUUCAUCAUCCUGGCCACGGUCAUCUUAAAGCUGCGGACGUGACAGCCUCGUCCCAGAGAACCUUCUUUUAGUGUUGGGACAGAGCCGUCAGGUGAAGCCCAGGAGCACAACGACUCACCUGGGCCUCCUGUCCGUGGAGGGACCGGAUGCAGCAAAGAGCAGGAGGAGGGAGGGCGCCACUGUAGAUUAAUGAACUGAUGAGGUUGAUGCAUCAUUCUUUCUCAUUCACAUUAUCCAUCACACACACACACACACAGACACACACACACACACACACACACACACACACACACACACACACAUACCAAUCAGCUGCCUGAUUCUGCAACAGUUGCUUUGGCCUGCAAGAGUGAAAUUUCAAAAUGCUACACGUAGAAGUACACAAGACAGAAUAUGUGCAUGCACAAAAUGAAAAUAUGUUAAAUAGUUAAUGAUAACUGAGGAAAGUGUUUAGUCCUAUGGUUUGUUUUACUUCUAUGUGCAGCUUGUUGGAACAUUUCACCCCCAGAAUGGACCAUGUACCAACUCAGGGUCGCUUUUUUAUUUCUGUUUGCUCUUGCGCUUAAUGCUUAUAGAGAGAUUUGGUGGUGAAUAUACUGACUAUAGCUGUCGGACAAUGCUUUUGUCCGCACAGUAUUUGUUGCCUACCUUAUAUUUACAUUAUAGAGAAAUUGUAUGGAAAUGUGAAAAGGAGUCUGAGCACAACCAGAACAUGUUAAAACUGUUAUUUUCUCCAGUUGCUUCGCUAAGCAGAACACUUAAUGUUGUUGCAUUAUGUCGCGGGAACCCAGAAUAGGUUUCAAAGUGCUGAUCGCUUCAUAUUGUUCAGGAAAUUCUCACCCAUUCAGGCUUCCCACAGCAACAAUAUCUUCUUCAGUCAAGUCUGUGUUGAUAUGUACAUGCCCUAUCUGGUGUGUGACAGGAAGUGGUAACUCAUGUUGGUGUGUUACGAGGCUCUCAGCUGCAAACGGUCGUCUUUGUUCUUAGUUUAGGUUGAUGGUCGUAUGUUUAUGAGCCUGCAUCUCCGUUGAGAGGGAAAAGCGUGGUUUGAUGUUGGUGAUGGGAAAGACUUGGUACUGUAUAAUUAAGUUUCUGUUUUUCUCCACUUUGCUCAACAGAGUGGAGGCUGUUGGAUAGAUUCUCAGGUCAGGUGUGUCAUGCUCUUCAUGUUUGCAUCCAUGCAACAUAUGUUCUGUUUUUUACACAAAAGUUUCAAGCUGUGGCCAGGUUGGCUCAGUUGGUAGAGCAGGUGCACAUAUAUAGAGGUUAACUCCUCGAUGCCGUGGGUUCGACUCAGACCUCCGGCCCUUUGCUGCGUGUCAUUCCCCCCUCUCUCUCCCCUUUAAUUUCUUCAGCUGUCCUGUGGAAAUUAAAUAAUCUUAAAAAAAAAAAAAAUUCAAACUGCUCAUACUCUACACAGUAUACUUUUUUUAUGAAUCUUCCACCAACAAUAGCACAGAGUAAAAGCACACAGGAGUAAUGCUGUUUUGGAUUCAACAUGUCGCGGUGAUGUGGGGACGCUGUGGUGUCUGCACUGUUGGAAAAGGGAAGAAAUAUCCAGAAAUGAGGAAUAACUGAAAUCUAAACAAUGAGUAGUUGGAAUGUAGUUGGUGAGUGGAGUCACCGUUGGUUUAGAACGAUUGAGUUUGAGUCAAAAACUUGAUUUCUCUUCCUUUUUUUUGUACAAAUAAUCACUCAUGAAGAAGGUUACAUUUUAAAAUAACUCUUUUGGGUCUUUUGACUUUAUAUUAUCGGAUAUCUUUAUAAAAGAUACAACACAAUAAAAUGUAUUUGUUUUAAAACAGUAGCCUAGUCUUUAGAUUGUGGGAUAUUUUUCCACUGAGCUUUUUUAAAUAUAUAUUUUAAACAAACAUGAAACAACAUGGUAAAAUAAUGGAUGAUAGAGUUGAAAAGGCUAAUUACGAGAAAAAAGUAACCAAAUUAGAAAAAGAUAACUGUUAUCUGGUAAUAAUAAAUUAUAUCCAGUUUGUUUCUUUGCAUUUUACUCAUUUCUAUGAAGAUUAAUGAGCUCUCUGACUUGACCACAAGCAUUCUGCCUUUAAAGGAAUAGUUACACAUAUACAUAUAUACGCAUAUUUGCUUUCUUGCCAAGAGUAAGAUGAGAUCUAACUCUCAGCAAGAAAGAAAAUAUUUCCCAAAAUGUCAAACUAUAUUUUUGAAAUAGAGAACCUUUGACAGACCUGCAGUGUAGAAAAGGCAGCAGACUCCAGACUAUGCAUCAUAUGUUGUGCCAAUCUCAAAGAUUUAGAAAUGUUUACAUUCAUCUGGACGCCUGCCUAAUACUGAACAUCAUGAACAUGUCUUUAAUAUCAGAUGUUUUUCCAUUUUAGCUGUAGGACUAAACACAUAUACCAGCAUGUGUUGUGUUAAAGUGCUCAUAUUAUGCUUUUGGGCUUUUUCCCUUUCCUUUAUUGUGUUAUAUAUCUUUUUUUGUGCAUGUUAUAGGUUUACAAAGUGAAAAAGCCCAAAGUCCACCCC